AAUCCGUCAGAAAUCACAUGUUUCGUUUGUCCGUGCGUGCUCUUGUUACUGUACUCUUGUAUUUACUGCUGCCGGAAUUUGCUUUUCUAUCGUGUUCUGUGCGCGUUUGUUUGCUCUUUCGUGUGAGUAUGAGCAACGGCGACGGUGUCAAUCGUGGUGGCGGCAAAACCGGCGCGCCCAGGUUUGUUUACACGCGUGAAGAACGGGAACUGCUCCGUAAUCUGGUGGUGAGGUACAGAGCGGUUAUUGAAAACCGCAAGACUGAUAACACUUCGAAGCGCGCCAAGGACAGUGCCUGGGAGAAGCUGACUGAGGAAUACAACAGCCAGCCAGGCAUUCGUCGUGUCACAGUGGUGCAGCUGCGGAAGCUGUGGGACAACGAAAAAUCGAAGUGGAAAAAGAAAGAUUCGGAAGAAAAGCGGGAUUUCUACGCAACAGGGGGUGGGCCACCUACCUGCCGGCCAAUGAGCCCAUCAUUGGCGCUUGUCGGGGCGGCUGCCUCGCACAUUGGGACACGGCUCCCAAACCCCUACGACAGCGACGGAUCCCAUAUGAGCCAGCCAGUGAUGUCGCUGCCACCCGCGCGUACCAUUGAAGUUAUGGUGACAGGCAAUCAAGGCAGCAUGGACGAGUGGCUUGAAGGCAGAAUUGGCAAGAGCUGUUGGCAUGUUGUAGCGUGUUGUGCUAUGACUGCAUGCGUGUAUACUGUUUGUGAGAUGUGAUGUUUCUAUGUUAUUUAUGUUUGUAAGUAACGCAGCUGGCGCAGCUGUUCACAUGGCUCGUGUGUCUAUUUCACAAAAAUUUACGUUUGUCAUUACGAUCUGUCAGCAGUAUUCCAUGUUGUGCCAGUAUGUUGCUGUUACCUCCCCAAAUUAUUGUCAGUGGCGUGCAUUUUUAUUAAGUUUAUCGUGUCCUUGCGUGUCAUGAAUGUAAAUAACUGACAUCAUGGCUAGUUUGCUAGCCUUGAACACCAUUAGAGCU